GGGGCGGGGCCGGGAGCUGUCUUCUUCUGAGUGCGGAGCUGCCUGAGAAGCGCUUACCUCUCCAGGCUGUGCGGACAGAUGGCUGCUGCCGGCGGGGCUCCGAGAGUGCUGGUGUACGGCGGCAGAGGGGCCCUGGGCUCCCGCUGUGUGGACUACUUCAAGUCCAAGAACUGGUGGGUGGCAUCCAUAGAUGUAGCAGAAAAUGCAGCGGCAAAUGCCAAUGUUGUUGUCAGACUGUCGGAUUCUUUCACGGAGCAGUCAGAAGAGGUCACCUCAGCCGUGGACCAGAUUCUCGGUGGACAGAAAGUGGACGCAAUCCUAUGUGUAGCCGGAGGCUGGGCAGGGGGCUCUGCGAAAGCAAAAUCUUUUUAUAAGAACUGUGAUCUCAUGUGGAAACAGAGCGUGUGGACGUCAACCAUUUCCAGCCACCUCGCUACCAAGUAUCUGAAGGAGGGUGGCCUGCUGACCUUAUCCGGAGCGAAUGCUGGGCUGUCCGCUACUCCUGGAAUGAUUGCCUAUGGCAUGGCGAAGGCAGCAGUACACCAACUCUGCCAGAGCCUUGGCGGGGACAAGAGCGGAUUGCCAGUGAAUUCUGCUGCUGUAGCCAUCCUGCCUGUUACCUUGGAUACACCAGCGAACAGAGCCUCCAUGCCUGAUGCAGACUUCUCAUCCUGGACACCAUUAGAUGUUAUUGCUGAGACAUUUUUUAACUGGACUUCUGGGAAGAACAGGCCCAAGUCUGGCAGCCUUAUACAAGUGAUCACUGAAAAGGGGAAAACGGAGCUUGUACCAGCGCAGCUGUAAUAGAAGAGCGCUGAGUAUGUGAUCUGUGACCUGCACGUCCCGUUACGGUUCCAGUGCUGCCGUCUCCACUAUCCCUUUAAGUACAGUCACAAUUUAUUUGUUAAACCUAUUUGUAUUAAAGGCUUAGUAUGGAUUUAUGAUAACUUUCUGGACAUAAUGUUUCUGUGGUCAAUUAAAGGCAGACAUGAUACCUUUUACACUACGUCACA